AUGAAGAAAAACAAAGACCAGCCCGACCUCGUCCUUGUCCGGUGGAAGCGCAAGUCCAAACACAACGUCCCUUGCGGCGCCGGCUGCAAGAUCUACCCGAAUGGAAAGAAAGACGUGUUGACCGGCCCGUUGGGAAAGAUCGCCGCAUGGAUGGGAAUCGAGUUGAAGACCAAGCCCGCCAAGCGAGCUGGCGAGACAGACGUUUGGGUCCAGAAAAGGGGACAAGGCGGCGUGGGGAGACAUUUUUGGUGCAAGAGGCCCAACCUAUUCUACGGAGUUGACGAACCUGCUAUGACAGGACGCGAGGACGGCAUGGGUGGUUACAGGGAAAGAGACGGGAGAUAUGAGAGGUUCCGUGUCUCUAUCUUGAGCCAAGGAUCCUGGAUCACUCCGAUGGAGAGGUUUUGGAGGAAGUAUGGUCAUCUUUGGCAGAAGCAUGAAGAGAAAUGA